AUGAGUGCAGUUCCCCAUGUUGUGAUUAUCGGCGGCUCUUUCGCGGGCAUUAGCGCGGCUGAGAUUAUUACAGGCUCGAAGAAACCUGUUAAAGUGACUAUCAUCUCAGAGUCCUCACACGCAUACUUCUCAGUUGCGUCACCCAGGGCUCUGGUGGAACCUGAAGUCUCUAAACAGCUGUUCCACUCGGUAAAGGACAAAGCCAGCAAGAUUAACAAAAAUGUUUCCGUUGUGGUAGGUAAAGCAACCAAAGUUGACGCGGAUAGCAACACUGUGGUGGUCGAAGAUGGCACGGGCAGCCAACAAACUGUGUUGUACGAUUUUUUGAUUUUGGCUUCAGGUUCCAGAGCCCACUCACCAGCGUUCAAAUUGCAUGGAAACUACACACAAAGCAGAGAUGCCUUGCUCGACUUGUCGAACAAGAUCAAAAGCGCCAAAACCAUCGCGGUUCUUGGCGGUGGCCCUACCGCCGUGGAAACUACCGGCGAACUCGGUCUUUCUUACGGUAAAGACAAAAGCAUAUCUAUCUACACCGGGGCCUCAGGUCCCUUGGCCAAUUGGAACUCUAAAGUCACCGAAAGGGCAUCGCAACAGCUCAAGAACUUGAACGUUCAAGUGGUGAAUGUGAUAAAAGCCUCCAAAAUUGAAGAAAACAGUGAGGGGAAAUUUGAGGUCCAGUUCAGUGACGGAACCUCGAAAACUUUCGAUUUAGCCAUAUCUGCCCAUGGCAUUAUUCCAAAUUCUGAAUUUCUAGAUCCAAAAAUGCUGGACAAACGUGGAUUUGUGGAAACCGAUGAAUUUCUUGUUUCUAAGGCAUAUUCAAAUAUUCUGGCAUAUGGUGAUAUUGUUUCCAACCGUCCUUGUACCAUCAUCGACAUUGAAAGAGUCCAGGCGUCGACUUUAUCAGCAACUAUCGAAGCUCUGGUGUUCGGUGGAUCCAGUGCUAAGAAACCGCUCAAGAAUACUCCUGAAAUGGGGCUGGUUCCAAUCUCCAGAAAUGGCGGUGUCGGUGUACUUUUCGGAUGGAGAGUACCUUCUUGGUUUGUGAGGAUGUUAAAAUCCAAGGAUUUCAUGGUUUCGAGAGGCGCAAAGAGCUUUUCGUGA